UCCAUAUUGGUGGGGUUGAGAUGACUAAAGACAACCGUUUCAUGUGACUAAAAAGGAAGACAGAUUUUUUCUGUAAUGCAAACCAAACUUUUUCACAAUGAAUUCCUUGCGGAGAUGGCUUUACAAACCAAAGAAAACUGAUACCUCCCUUUUGGCAAAGUUCUUCUUUGCUGAUGAAGAACUUAACUUUGUGGCUGCUGAGCUUGACAGUUUUGAUGGACGUAAAGAUCCAGAAAGAUGUACAACCUUAGUAAACAAACUGAGGAACUGUCAGGACAAAGUCCUUGUCAUAACACAAAAAGUCAUUGAUGAAGCUGUUGGCAAUCAGAAAGCAAGCAGGGACUAUCGAGUAAAAUUUCCUGAUGAUGUCCAACAGGAAAAUCUGGCAGGGCAGCUCUGGUUUGGAGCUGAGUGCCUUGCUGCUGGGUCAAGUAUCAUGAAUCGAGAAGUAGAGAGUGCAAGUAUGCGACCACUAGCAAGGGCCCUGACAAAGAACCUUGACAGCUUGAGGACGUUACUUAGAGAACAGUGUUUACGCAAUAUCAACUCUUACACUGAAAGGAUCAAAGAAGCAUUAAUCAUAUUUGAUAAAUUGUUUGCUGAAUUUGAAUUAAGAUAUGUUAGUGCUAUGGUACCAGUGAAAAGUAUGAAGGACUAUGACCUCUUACAGGAAAUAACAGUGCUGUUUUCUGAAACUGUUCAGAGGGCCUUAAAGCAAAAGCUGUUGAGCCAGGAUAUGAUAGACGACUAUGACCCAGCACUCAUGUUCACCAUUCCCAGGCUGGCCAUGAUCAGUGGAUUGUUGGUGUUUCCUGAGGGCCCCCUCAAUCCGGACAUGCAGCCAUCCAAUAUGUCGGAGAUGUUCAGGCCAUUUCAGACACUUUUACUGAAAAUCAGAGACCUACUGUACACACUUUCCCAGCGGGAGCUACUAGCUCUUGAGAAAGCUUUAUGUAGUGCUGACGAGCCUGAAACAUCAACCUCCACCCUUACAAGCCGCAUCUCUCAAACAGAUGCAGGGUUUGAGGACAGCUUAGAUCCAACAGGGUCCAGUUUGUUUCCUGAUGGAAGUGUCAAGUUAGAAGACUUGGGUAACAUCCUUCACCAUACAUCUAACUCGGGAAGUCCUGUGACCCCAAUAACUCCUGUGAUAGACCCAGGGACGUCUGACUUCCCUGUGUUCCCCUCAACAUCACAAUCAAUGGGACAGUAUAACACACAAGACCAAGAUGCUUCCCCCACGGGGACACUGAUCAGUUCUUUGGAAGAGAAAGACGAGUCCUUCAAUUCCAGUUUGAAUAAAUCUGAGAGUAGGGAUUCAGGACUCCACAGUGAAAAUGUUAGUACAUCUGACACUGUGCUCGUAGACACAGGGGCGGUGGUUAAUGUCAGUGACACAAACAGUAGUGAUCAGGCGUCCGGCUACGCUUCGUCAGACGGCAGAUCUCAUGAUAAAACCUCAACCAGCAGCGCCGGGGACGAUGCACAGAAUGUUUGUAUGAAAAGUUGUUGUUUUCCUGAAAAUGAUGUGUAUGUUUUAUGCAGACAUAUUUUAGAUGAAAUGAUUGACCAAGUGUUGGAAGGACUAUCAGAGCAAUCUCCUCAGUUUAAACGCCACCACAGUUGUCCAUACAACCUGGAUUUUGAAAUUCCAAGAAUAUCCAUCACAGAACUACAUCCAGAUAAUCAACCUGCAGGAUCCAAGGAAAUGGAUUUUGAUUUUGAUCCGGACGAAAGUUCUGAUAGACAGAAAUUGUAUGAUUCAAAUUGGGAAAAUUGUGAAAGCCCAGCAAAUAGUUCCAAUUACUUUGACAUGUCUGGGCCUUGUGAUAAAGACCAAAACGUUAGUUCAGCGAGGAUCUGUAAUGAUAAAACUUGUGAUAACUGUAGUACACCUAGCAAUAGCACUGUACCGUGUGCCAAUACCUGUGAUAUUUAUGUUGCCUGUCCCAGCUGUAGUAAAAAGAGGUUGAGAUGUGAUACUGGGAAUGGCAGCAGUGGGGACACCAGCAGCAGUGAUUCCAGUGGGAGUGGUAUCUCCGUGGAAAAUAUUUGUAACUGUGAUCAAGGCCCUGUCAACAGUGCUGAUUCAGACUGCUCCCUGUCUGACCAUGUUUGUAAUUGUGAUCCUGGGACUGGAGGCAGUUUGAGUAGACACGAUGCUUCAGGGCACGAUACAGACAAUACCUGUGAUCAUACACCUCGUUCUACUUGUCAGCAUUCCUCUGAAAGACCCUCAAGUUCCACGUUCGGACAUUCACAAUCAUCAAAUAGGGCUGAUCACAGCCCAGCAAGGAUAGCUGGGGUAUCUUCAGAAAACAGAACUUUGGUUGACCGUCCACGGUCACCGCUGCCAAGACCAAAUCGUUCCUCUAUCCACACAAAAACAAAAGUUGUGGUGGACUCUGGUCCCAGGGAUCAGACUGCCUCAACCUCAGGUAGCAAUACGUUGGAAAUGCCCCGAAUACAAAGACUACGGUACACAGACAGUGUCAGUUCCAGCUACUCUAGUUGCCUUAGUAACAAUGAAAACGAGUGGGAUAGCAGCGAAGGAAGCAGCGAGACCAGUUCCUACAACUCUGAAUGCCCAGAUGAGGAAGAGAUCGCUCUGGCCAUUCAGGCAGCGGAGAUUGCAUCACGGACAGAGGCUCGUUCUCGGUUCAGCAGCAGUGGGGAUCUUAUUCACCGGCUGUUUGUCUGUAUAGCAGGUGUGGCAGAUCAGCUGCAGACAAAUUAUGCAGGUGACCUACGCCACAUCCUCAAGUGUGUAUUUGCAAUGAACUCUUCUGAGCCUCCGUCAGUUGAGGAACAUCAGGGCAAGUCCACUAGUCCCCGCAUCAUACACACUGGAGUUCAGGAUCCUCCCAGAGAACACCGUCAUCGCAGUACACCCCACCGACACCGUCAUCGCAGGACUAGAGUCAGAGAGCCUCCAAGCUGGGUCCCUGACGACCACACAAUAAUCUGUACAUCUUGUAAGACUCCGUUCACAUUUGUUCGUCGACGCCAUCAUUGCCGUAACUGUGGGAAGAUAUUCUGCAGUAGAUGUUCCGCUAAUGCUGUACCCCUGCCCCACUACGGGCAGAUCAACCCAGUGAGAGUUUGUAAUCGCUGCUUCAUGUUCCAAGUGACACCAUUCACAGUGGCCAGCGAGUGAAAUUCUCUAUGGUCAGCUGGCAAGCUACCAUAAUAAAAGUGUCGAGCGAGUGAAAUACUCCUAUGGUCAGCUGGCAAGCUACCAUAAUAAAAGUGUGGGGCGAGUGAAAUACUCCUAUGGUCAGCUGGUAGGGUAAUAAUAGUGUCCAAUGAAUGAUAUUCUCGAUGGUCAGCUGGCAAGCUACCAUAAUAAAAGUGUCAAGCGAGUGAAAUACUCCUAUGGUCUGCUGGUAGGCUAAUAAUAGUGUCCAAUGAGUGAAAUACUCGAUGGUCAGCUGGCGAGCUAAUAACAGUGUCUAAUGAAUCUAGCUGGGUGUUACAUUGUUUGAAAUUUUAAUGAGGAUUUUAUUUUUCAAUAUAAAUAGAUUUUAAAUGUUAAAAAUAAAAAUAUAUCUAAGUUAAAGUAAACAAUUAGUAACCAACUUAACAAAAUUUGAAUGGCAAAUGAAAAAAACCCAUAUAAGACUAUUGAUAUAUAAAUGUUGAUUCAGCUUUCCAAUCAUUAGAUGCUGUGAUAACUGACCUAAUUAUAAGUCCCAAUAUGUUCUACUGUAAUAGACCUGUUAUAUACAUCUACAGUGGAUUUGUCGUGUUUAUGGUAUGGCAACAAGGUGUACUUGGAAAUAGCAAUAAAUGUAUUUGGAAACUGAAAUUAGAUGAUGAUUUUAACCGUUAUAUUUUUUAUGAAUAUGGGAACAAUUUUCACGUUUCUUUGCACACAAAUCUGUCACAUAAAUUGGGUUUUGAGAAAAAGUGUCACAACAUAUAUGUAAUAGAAAUUGGUUCAAAGAAAUUAUUAAGGUACAAACAGUUGUAUUAAUUUGCUGUCAUCAUUAGUUAAUGCAGUGUUUAAAUUAUUAUCAGAUGGUUGAAUGGUUGAAUAUAUAUAUGAAGGGUCAUAAAUUGAACAUUUAUCUACAAAAGAACUCAAUCUGGUGUUAGACAUCUGGCAGAUAAUGUCCAUUGAUUCAACAUCGCGUUCCUUUAUCCGUUUCUCAGCUUAGUUUUGCUUGAAAACUUAAAUUAUUUGUUGAGUACCUAGAUUAGCUGCAUUUAAAAACAAAACAUGUUCACUUUGUUAUUUACAAGUACAUGUAUUUCUGUAUUAUAGAGAUUUUCUAUUUUGGUUGUUUGGAUGGUUUGAUUAUGAUAUUUCACAGUUCAGUUUAUAAUCGGUGAAAGCAAACUUUGCUUCCUGUUUAUUUGAGUAUAUUAUUUUUAAGCAGUCUUAUAAAAUGACUUGUAUUAAAGACAUCAUUUGUUUCAUAUUUUCAAUAUCAUUAUGUUAUUUAUAUAAUUAUUUUAUAUACCCUGGUACUAAAGAAAUAUUUAUUAAAUUAUCAAGGCCUUUAUGUUUUUCCGCACUUUGUUUUAAACAGUUGGAAAUUAAUAUUAUCGACGAUAGUUUGCUGCGUGUAUUUCAGCAUACAUUUUUUUUUUUAAACUGAAAAUGCUGGCAAGAGAGUUGAAGGUCUUAUAAUAAUUUUGUAAUAUCCCCAAAAAAAAUCUUUAAUGCAAUUAGAUUUCAUAGGACGGGUUGUACUUACGUUCCAUGCAGUACUUAAAAAAAAGGUGAAGAAUAAAUAAACUCAGCCAACUUAUCGCCCUUCUGAUAGAGAGCUAGUUUGGGAAUAUUGACUUUAAACAUAUUUUUUUUGGGAAAUUUGAACUGCGCAGAUUACCGGUAGUUUCAGGAACAAAACUGUAAGUUUGACCUCAUAUCAUGCAGAAGUUAUGACAACGUAAGCUGUCUUUCACUUUUAGUAUCAAUGAUCAAAAAGGAUCGGAACCUUCAAUUUAAAAUGGGUGGUAUAGACUCAAAGGGCCUGUUACUGUUAUUGUUGACAAUUUCAAUGCUUUUAAAAUUAUCUAUUUUGUUUUAGCCCAACCAUGGCAUUUGUAAGCUCAAAUACAUUAUAUAUAUUUUUUUUUUAAAUACUGGACCAAUAUUGAGGACAAGUCGGAUCUAUUUUGUACAAUUGUUUGCAGUGAUAAAUAAUCUCCUAAGUGUAUAUGGUUGUUGAACAGACAGCACCAUACUGACGUUUAAAAUGUGACUGCAUACCUAAAUGAAAAUGUUUAAUGCAUCACUUCCUGAAUAAAUGCAAAUACUUUCACUUAUAGAUAGUAUACAUGUUUGAAAACAUUUUCAUUGCAAAAUUACGAUUAUUUAUACUUUUUUCCCCCCGUGCAAAUUGUACAAAACAGAUUAGGUUCUGCACUGCUACUGAUGAUAAAAUCAUUAUAUUUAAACAUGUGCGCCUUUCAAUAUCUGUUAAACAGAUCCAUAUACAGUGUAAUGUUCUGUAAUCGUAUAUCAUUUCAAAUACUGGUAUCGAGCAGUAAAAUACCUUAAGCUUUGUUUGUCAUAAAUUACAUUUAAUCAAAAUGCAAUAUUUAUUCAUUUUGUAAUAAUUUGAAUAAAAAUUUAAUAUUAUGAAGCUAAUAAAGCAGUGUUGGCCCCAGGAUUUUUAAGAUAUUGUAACUCAGUAGAUUUACAUUAUUUAUGGGUUAAUAAGUAUGGAUAUAAUAAUGUAAUACUAAUCUGGCCUGACUGACUUGUGUCAGUCUUAUCAACAUAUUUUGUACAAAAAUUAAAAAAGACAACAAGUCAUGGCAGGUUGUAAGAUUUAAUGAG